AGGAAAGGGGGGGGGGGCACCUCUCUCUCUCUCCUUGUGUGGCUAUUUAUAGCCCGGAGCCAUGACGUCUCGCUACAGUACAUCCUUCGCGGCCGCAGUGCUGCGGGCGGUAACGAAAUAACCUGUCACCCGUGGCUGAAAUUGAACCGUCACUCCUGUGUGAACUGGCUCUGUGCGGGUGUGCUGACCACUGGGCCACGCGGCCCCCGACUGCAACGAGGCAACCCUGCCACAGAUGAAGAAGUCGGGCCGGUCCUCGCACACGAAGCUGUGCUCCUGCUGGCCCACGUCCUCAUCCCGCACGCCUCCUCCCGACCACCAGCAGCUUCGCGAGCAAAGCUCCCCGCACUGCAGCCCAGCACCGUCCGCCAUGCAGGCGCCUGACCCGGAUUCCCAGCACGCCGAUGAUGGCCGCCAGGAGCUGGAGCGACUCUUGCCGCGGCUCGUCGACGGCGUGCGGCGUCUGAAGGAGCUGGCGACGCCCGACUCCCCGGUGGGAGAGAGCGACGGGCGGCCGAGGCAGGAGGUGGCAGAGGAGGAGGUGGCCACCUUGGCCGGGCUGGAGGCCACGUUGCAGGAGGCGUGGGCCACGCCCGUGGUGGGCCGCGAGGUGGCCACGGAGCUGUGCUCCACACUGCGGCUUCAGGGGGGACUCGAGCUGCUGCUAUCGCUGCUCGCUUCAUGCAGGCCUCACGUGAGGUCCGGGGCGGCCGAGCUUCUGCAGCAGGUCCUUACGACCGACAACAGGGAGUGGAUUGCGCGCUUUGGGCUCGGCGCCGUGCUGGGCCUGGCCAAGGAGCGCGAGGACACGCGCACGGUGCGCGCCACCGCCGCCAUCCUGCAGCACAUGUUCAAGAACUCGGAGGAGACGUGCUCGCUGCUGGUGUGCGAGGGCGGCCUGGACGCCGUGCUCUUCUGGUGCCGCUUGUUGGACGUGGACGUCCUGCGCGACUGCGCCGCCGCCAUCGCCAACUGCGCCAUGUACGGCGGGCCCGACAACCACCGGCGCAUGGUGGACAAGAAGGCGGCCGAGUGGCUCUUCCCGCUGGUGUUCAGCGCCGACAGGCGCGUGCGUCUGUCGGCGAGCCUCGCCAUCGCCGUGCUCGUCAACAACAAGGAGGUUCAGCAAAAGGUGCUGAGUUCGGGCACGCUGGAGCUCGUGGAGCCCUUUAUCGCCUCACUGGACCCGGAGAAGCACGCGCAGGAGCUGCUGACCUCGCGCGACGACAUGCAGGGCCGCACCGUUCAGUACUUGCAGCAGCUACUGCCGCUGCUAGACAGCUCGCGCGUGGAGCCGCAGUGCGUCGCCGCGUUCUACUUCUGCGUGGAGGCCAUGAUCAAGACGCAGCAGCAGCAUGGCGAGCUCUUCCAGGAGAUCGGUGUGGUGCAGAGCCUCAAGCGGCUGGUGAGCUACUCUUCCAGUGGCACGGCAUGCCGUCUCGCUCACCGCACACUCACCAUCCUGGGAGAGGAGCCACCCGUCCGCCUCCCCACCACCGUGCCAUCUUGGAGACCAACACACGUGCAGGCUUGGCUGCGGCAGGUCGGGUUCUGCAAGUACGCUCCGCUGUUCCAGGAGCUCCAAGUGGACGGGGAUCUGCUGUUGCUGCUGAGCGAACAGGACCUGAGCGGUGACUUUGCGAUGAAGGAGAGCGUCACUAGGAGGAGGUUCCUACGGGAGCUGGCGGAGCUGAAGACAUACGCGGACUACAGCGCGUGCGACGGCAGCAAGCUGUGCGAGUGGCUGAACCGCGUGGGGCCCGGUUUCCGCCGCUACACCUACGGACUGCUGCGCGCGGGCGUCACGCGGCCGUUCCUGGCGCAGCUCACGGAUGCGCAGCUCACCGACGACUGCUGCGUCGACAACGGCGUGCACCGCGCCACCAUCCUCACCGCCGCCGCCGGGGCUGCUGCGGACGUGGGCUCCCCGGUGAGCAACGGGGGCGAGAGCCCCGCAAGCGGCGACAGGCCCGACGUGUUCAUCAGCUACCGACGCGCCACUGGCUCGCAGAUGGCCAGCCUGCUCAAGGUGCACCUGCAGCUGCACGGCUUCAGCGCCUUCCUGGACGUGGAGAAGCUCACAUCCGGCAAGUUCGAGGAGAAGCUGCUGGCAAGCGUGCGCGCCGCUCAGAGCUUCCUGCUCGUGCUCACGCCCAAGGCCCUCGAUAAGUGCAUGCAGGACGUGGACCACAAGGACUGGGUACACAAGGAAAUAGUGACGGCACUGCAGUCCAAGAAGAACAUCGUUCCCGUGUACGACAAGUUUGAGUGGCCAGACCCCAGCAGCCUUCCCGAGGACAUGCGUGGAAUUCUCAAGUUCAACGGCAUCAAGUGGUCUCACGAGUACCAGGACGCGACCAUUGAGAAAAUCGUUCGUUUCCUCAAGCGGCUGAGUGAUGGGCCUCUGCACGGUAUGGGAGCGAGCGGCGGCAUCGCUGACAGUGGCUCCUGUUGCUGCCGCGAGGGUCAGGCUGCCGCUGCCAAUAACCAUCAUGUGGAGCCUACGAGCCCCGAGAGCACCACGCCGUGAUGGUGCCUAAUGCCAGCUCUCGCGUACCAGUCGACACUCGUCAGGUCUGUGUGCCAGGAGGAGCGACUGGGUUGGAUUGGGCCUUGGGUUAACGAACGACUGCGAAAGCACUUAGCAGCGUGGAUGCUUUGGCAGUCAUUAGUUUGAAUACGUAAUAUUUAGUUCUGCCUUGGCAGCAUCCACGGACAUAACUGUCAGGUGUUUCUUUGCUGGGUGUUUGUAGGUCAUGCAAAAGCACUCUUUUUCUCGCCAGCCCUACGCAUCCUCUGCCAGUACCUAUAAAAGAGGGCUGACCCCCCUAGCAGGCUGUGUCAGAUGAGGCAGCGGUUGGGAUUGGGGGGGGGGGGGGGCGGCAGCCUCCAUUGCACUUGGUUUCGUGCAAUACGGAAGGAGAAGUGUGAGAAGCUUGCGCCAUCCUGCCGCUCCCCUCGCCCGUGUCCUUGCAUGGGGACGGCACGGCAGGCCGGCCGGGAAUGCAUGCGGUCGCCCCACCUGGUCAGUUCCUGAUUGUCCGUGAAGAAGAUGGAAGGUCGAAGUGAUGAAAGAAAAAUAAAUAAAUAAAGGGUGGACUGCCCAGCUCUCUCUGCGGGAGUGUGGCGAGUUCAAGGCGAGUGUGGUCAAGCCUCGCCAUCUUCACUAGGUGCUGGAGGAAUAGACAAGGCCAAAGAAGAGUUCCUGUGCACGACCUGAGAACACCGAGGAGAUACCUAGCAGUCAUGGCUGUGAGUGCUGUUAGGCCAUACCAUCAUCAUAUUGGGUUGUUAAAACACAGCCUCCCUCUAAUCUGAAAUCGCCUACACCAAACUCCUACUAAUCCACAUUUUCACCAAAUGCCUCAAAGCAGGGCACCUUCUGGAGAAGUCUGGAGAUCCUGGGCUUUCAUGGUGGAAGAUGUUGAGCUAGUAUACACUUGUAUAGAAACAGUUGAAAAUCACCACUUCAAAUACCUGCAAUAAUAAUAAUGAAACUGCAUGGGAAAUCACACAUACAUGCUAUUUUUGCUACAACUCGUGUUCACCAGUUUCCCAUGGUCGCCUACUAGUUACAGAUGUUUCGGAAUGAACCAUUGCAAAAAAAAUGGUUCCGAUCUGCAGUUGCUGAUUUAACUCCAGUCGAGCGAUGUGUUUAUUUACAGAUCAGUUAAUUUCUGUUAAGAGUCACCCGACGGUGCCACGUGGCCCAGGGUUCCCACGCGAGGCUCCGCUCUCUUCUCUGCUGAUGACGAGACCCUGCCACCCUCAGUGGCACCUACCCCCACGCGGUGAAGCAUUCCCCCUCUGCCUUCCUAGCAGGGGUGUCUCCCCCCCACCCCCCCAAAGCCUGAGGAAUUGUCCCUACUCUGCAAGUUGAGCCUGGCAAGGGCCCAUUGAGACACGUGUCUAUUAUGCCAGAAGGACCUAAACAUAAACGGUACAGGUUAGGGCACCAGUGUGUUACAAUUGACAUUGACAAAAACAUACUAUGUUAGUCUUCUUUCACAAUGUUCGUUUUGCUUAGUGGUCCAAGAGGAAAUUUCAGAAGCAGAAUAAUGUAUUUGUACUGGAAAAAUCCGAUGCGCUAUGAAGCUCUUUUUCAAACGUCCAGUAAAAAUGUAAAGUCCCCCGGUAUGAGACCUAUUAGUCCUGGAGCCCAUGUUCACUGCUCUUUCCCCUUCCAAAUGACUAAGUGUUGCUUUAGGUUAAAAAGUGUCGGUAUAUAAUUAUGGUUUUCUCAGAAGUGUCAUUCCAGCCAAAUUACACCCCUGUGAAAUUAGUUAAGUGACAUUAUGGCUUGAAAAAAAAACUGCUUAUGCAUGAUCGUCGUGUUGAAAACGUCUGCAGCAAA